AUGCGGCGCAGAAGACUGGCCACAUUGGAUUUUCAGUUUCCGGCAAAGAACCAAAAUGUCUUCUGUUUCAUAAGCCUGGAAUAGGCGGAACAGACCCGUCAUGGGAGGAGGCGGUACGAAUGGUUUACUGUGAGACACAGCAGCGCCGUUCUGUAUUUAGGUGUAAGAACAGACAGAAAAACUGGAGCGUGAGCCCGCAUCGGCCUAGAACCACAGUGCUGCGAGAAUUCUCCAUCACUAGCAGCAAGUUCAAUUUACGUACUUUGUCCGUUGGAAAAACUUGUCAACCGUUGGGAUUCUGGAAAGCCGUUUUGUAGUUUUGUACGCGCUGUCCGUUGUUAUUAAAGCGGCAUUCGGUCGGAGACUGCGCUGCCGCCAUAUUGAAACGAACUAGUGACUGACUGGCUAGGACUGAACUGACAAGAGAUCGGACCCAGACUGGGGGGGCUGCUGCUGGUGACGCAGGAAAAACACCCAAGAGCAGACAAAAUCAAAGGAAGCGAGCUCAUAUUUACAUACAGAUUACAGUCGCUUACACUCACAGAAGAGACAUUUAUGAAUUCAGUCUUCACUUAACUGGAUCAGAUUCUGGAGUAGUGAAUAGAAGAAGUCAUAUCUAAUUCCUGGUUAUGCAAUGGUCUCUGCAAAACGCCCUGUGCUUCAGGUGGUUCUUUCAUACGCAGACGUGUGCGGGUUCUCCGUCAUUGAGGAGGCAGUGAUUUCUCCCCGGGCGACAGCGACAUAAGCGGACAAAAUUGCAAAGAUCUGCCCCGUGUCGAGUAUGACAGCCACGACCCGUGGCUCUCCCGUGGGAGGCAAUGACAGCCAGGGCCAGGCUCCGGACGGGCAGAGCCAGCCCCCUCUCCCCCAGAACCAGACAUCCUCCCCAAACUCCUCGAAUGAGAACUCCCCGGUCAGCCCACCGGAUGAGCAGGGUCAGGGCGACAACCCCCCUCAGCUGGAGGAGGAGGAGCCUGCCUUCCCCCACACCGACCUGGCCAAGCUGGACGACAUGAUCAACCGACCCCGCUGGGUUGUUCCAGUUUUGCCAAAGGGGGAAUUAGAAGUUCUUCUUGAAGCUGCUAUAGAUCUUAGUAAAAAAGGACUUGAUGUCAAGUGUGAAGCGUGCCAGAGGUUUUUCCGAGAUGGCUUGACCAUUUCCUUUACGAAAAUCCUGACCGAUGAGGCAGUGAGUGGCUGGAAGUUUGAGAUUCAUAGGUGUAUAAUAAACAACACUCACCGCCUGGUAGAACUGUGUGUGGCCAAGCUCUCUCAGGAUUGGUUCCCUCUUCUCGAGCUGCUUGCCAUGGCCAUGAACCCCCACUGCAAGUUCCAUAUCUACAAUGGGACCCGCCCCUCCGAGACAGUGCCCGCCGGGGUGCAGCUGGCAGAGGACGAGCUCUACGCCCGCCCGCCCGAUCCUCGCUCUCCCAAGGGUUGGCUGGUGGAUUUAAUAAACAAAUUUGGCACAUUAAACGGGUUUCAAACUCUGCACGAUCGCUUCAUGAGUGGCCAGGCACUGAACGUCCAGAUCAUUGCAGCGCUCAUCAAGCCAUUUGGGCAGUGUUACGAGUUUCUAACGUUGCACACAGUAAAGAAGUACUUCCUUCCCAUUAUUGAAAUGGUUCCCCAGUUUCUAGAAAACCUCACAGAUGAGGAGUUGAAAAAGGAGGCCAAGAAUGAAGCCAAAAACGACGCGCUGUCAAUGAUAAUCAAAUCGUUGAAGAACCUCGCUUCACGGGUACCGGGGCAAGAGGAAACAGUGAAAAACUUAGAAAUUUUUAGGUUAAAAAUGAUUCUUAGGUUAUUGCAAAUUUCUUCUUUUAACGGAAAAAUGAAUGCACUAAAUGAAGUAAACAAGGUUAUUUCAAGCGUUUCCUACUACACCCACCGGCACGGCAAUCCCGAGGAAGAGGAAUGGCUGACCGCCGAGCGCAUGGCGGAGUGGAUCCAGCAGAAUAACAUCCUGUCCAUCGUGCUGAGGGACAGCCUCCACCAGCCGCAGUACGUGGAGAAACUGGAGAAGAUCCUCCGCUUUGUCAUCAAGGAGAAGGCCCUGACGCUGCAGGACCUGGACAACAUCUGGGCAGCCCAGGCUGGGAAGCAUGAAGCGAUUGUGAAGAACGUGCAUGAUCUCCUAGCGAAGCUGGCAUGGGAUUUUUCCCCUGAGCAGCUUGACCAUCUCUUUGACUGUUUCAAGGCAAGCUGGACAAAUGCGAGUAAAAAGCAGAGGGAGAAGCUGUUGGAACUGAUCCGCCGCCUGGCGGAGGAUGACAAGGACGGGGUGAUGGCCCACAAGGUGCUGAACCUGCUGUGGAACCUGGCCCACAGCGACGACGUCCCUGUGGACAUCAUGGACCAGGCCCUCAGCGCGCACAUCAAGAUCCUGGACUACAGCUGCUCACAGGACCGAGACACACAGAAGAUCCAGUGGAUAGACCGCUUCAUUGAAGAGCUGCGAACUAACGAUAAAUGGGUGAUUCCUGCACUAAAGCAAAUCCGAGAGAUCUGCAGCCUAUUCGGAGAAGCGCCUCAGAAUCUAAGUCAGACGCAGCGCAGCCCACACGUGUUCUACCGCCACGACCUGAUAAACCAACUGCAGCACAACCACGCGCUCGUCACCCUGGUGGCCGAGAACCUGUCGGCCUACAUGGAGAGCAUGAGGCAGUUCGCCAAAGCAGAGCACUCAGAGUUUGACCCGCAGACGGUGCGGGUCGGCAGCCGUUACAGCCACGUCCAGGAGGUGCAGGAGAGACUCAACUUCCUGAGGUUCCUGCUGAAGGACGGCCAGCUCUGGCUGUGUGCGCCUCAGGCCAAGCAGAUCUGGAAGUGUCUGGCAGAAAACGCCGUGUUCCUGUGCGACCGCGAGGCCUGCUUCAAGUGGUACUCCAAGCUGAUGGGGGACGAGCCAGACCUCGACCCUGACAUCAACAAGGACUUCUUCGAGAACAACGUCCUGCAGCUGGAUCCCUCGCUUCUCACCGAAAACGGCAUGAAGUGCUUCGAGCGCUUCUUCAAAGCCGUCAACUGCAGGGAAGGCAAGCUGGUGGCCAAGCGGAGGGCGUACAUGAUGGAUGACCUGGAGUUGAUAGGGCUUGAUUACCUCUGGAGGGUUGUGAUUCAAGGAAGUGAUGACAUUGCCAGUCGAGCAAUAGACUUACUAAAAGAGAUUUACACAAACCUCGGACCAAAAUUACAAGUCAAUCAGGUAGAGAUUCAUGAAGACUUCAUCCAGUCUUGCUUUGACCGGUUGAAAGCCUCAUACGACACCCUGUGCGUGUUAGAUGGGGACAAAGACAGCAUUAACUGUGCCAGGCAGGAGGCCAUCCGCAUGGUGAGGGUGCUGACCGUGCUCCGGGAGUACAUCAACGAGUGCGACAGCGACUACCAUGAGGAGAGGACUAUCCUGCCCAUGUCGAGAGCGUUUCGAGGCAAGCACAUCACCCUCAUCGUGCGCUUCCCCAACCAAGGCCGCCAGGUGGAUGACCUGGACAUCUGGUCCCACACCAACGACACAAUCGGGUCGGUGCGGCGCUGCAUUCUGACGAGAAUAAAGGCCAACAGCGCGCACACCAAGAUCGAGCUCUUCAUCGGAGGCGAAAUCGUCGACCCCGCCGAUGACAGGAAAUUGAUUGGACAGCUCAACCUGAAAGACAAAACCCUGAUUACAGCAAAGCUCACCCAGGUCAGCUCCAAUAUGCCUUCAAGCCCCGAUAGCUCUUCCGAUUCUUCCACCGGGUCACCUGGGAAUCAUGGAAACCACUACAGCGACGGACCCAAUCCUGAAGUAGAAAGCUGUCUUCCGGGAGUGAUAAUGUCACUGCACCUGCGCUACAUCUCCUUCCUGUGGCAAGUGGCAGACCUGGGCUGUAACCUGAACAUGCCCCUCCUCCGAGACGGAGCCCGCGUCCUCAUGAAGCUCAUGCCCCCUGAUAACACUACAGUAGAAAACCUGCGAGCCAUCUGUCUGGACCAUGCCAAGCUUGGAGAGAACAGCCUCAGCCCCACCCUGGACUCCCGCUUCUUCGGCCCGUCGCCCUCCCAAGUGCUCUACCUGACUGAGGUGGUGUACGCCUUGCUCAUGCCUGCCAGCGGCACCCUGGGAGAGGACGCCAGCGACUUCCAGUACAACUUCUUAAAGAGCGGCGGCCUGCCCCUCGUUCUGAGCAUGCUCACCAGAAAUAACUUCCUGCCCAACGCUGACAUGGAGACGAGACGGGGUGCCUAUCUCAACGCUCUAAAAAUAGCCAAAUUGUUACUAACAGCAGUUGGCUUUGGCCAUGUGAAGGCUGUGGCGGAGGCCUGCCAGCCGGUGGUGGAAGGCACGAGUCCUGUGUCACCAAUAAACCAAGCCACUCACGACCAGGCCUUAGUUCUUCAGAAUGCUCUCCAGAACAUUCCCAACCCGUCGUCCGAAUGCAUGCUGCGCAACGUGGCCAUCCGACUGGCCCAGCAGAUCUCCGACGAGAACUUCUUCCAGGCGUCCAAGUAUAUCCCAGAUAUCUGUGUGAUCAGGGCAGUGCAGAAGAUUGUCUGGGCGUCUGGCUGUGGCUCUGUGCAGCUGGUCUUUAGCUCCAAUGAAGAGAUCAGCAAGAUAUACGAGAAGACUAACGCAGGGAACGAGCCAGACGCCGAGGAUGAGCAAGUGUGCUGCGAGGCUCUGGAGGUCAUGACCCUCUGCUUCGCCCUCAUCCCCACAGCUCUGGAUACACUUAGCAAAGAGAAGGCCUGGCAGACCUUCAUCAUUGACCUGCUGCUACACUGCCAGAGCAAGUCUGUUCGACAGAUGGCCCAGGAGCAGUUCUUUCUCAUGGCCACCAGGUGUUGCAUGGGGCAUAGGCCCCUCCUGUUCUUCAUCACCCUCCUCUUCACAGUUUUAGGUAGCACUGCAAAGGAGAGAGCCAAGCAUGCUGGGGACUACUUCACCUUGUUAAGGCACUUACUCAACUACGCAUACAACAGCAACAUCAACUUACCCAAUGCUGAGGUUCUGCUCAACAACGAGAUUGAUUGGUUAAAAAGAAUCAGGGAUGAAGUGAAAAGGACAGGAGAGACCGGGGUGGAGGAGACCAUUCUGGAGGGGCAUCUCGGGGUCACCAAGGAGCUGCUGGCAUUUCAGACUCCUGAGAAGAAGUACUACAUCGGCUGCGAGAAGGGUGGAGCCAACCUCAUCAAGGAGCUGAUCGAUGACUUCAUCUUCCCCGCCUCCAACGUGUACCUGCAGUACAUGAAGAGCGGCGAGUUCCCCGCCGAGCAGGCCAUCCCCGUCUGCAGCAGCCCCGCCACCAUCAACGCCGGCUUCGAGCUGCUCGUCGCGCUGGCCGUCGGCUGCGUGCGCAACCUCAAGCAGAUCGUCGACACGCUGACCGACAUGUACUACUUAGGUUGUGAAGCACUUACGGAAUGGGAGUACUUGCCGCCGGUGGGGCCGCGGCCCACCAAAGGCUUCGUGGGGCUGAAGAACGCGGGGGCUACCUGCUACAUGAACUCGGUCAUCCAGCAGCUGUACAUGAUCCCGCCCAUCAGGAACGGCAUCCUGGCCAUCGAGGGCACGGGCAGCGACGUGGACGACGACAUGUCCGGGGACGAGAAGCAGGACAGCGAGAGCAAUGUGGAUCCUCGGGACGAGGUGUUCAGCUAUCACCAUCAGUUUGAGGAUAAGCCGUCCCUCAGCAAGUCGGAGGACAGAAAGGAGUACAACAUCGGGGUGCUUCGCCACCUGCAGGUCAUCUUUGGACACCUGGCCGCCUCCAGACUGCAGUACUAUGUGCCUCGUGGGUUCUGGAAGCAGUUCCGGUUGUGGGGGGAGCCAGUCAAUCUGAGGGAGCAGCACGAUGCUCUGGAGUUCUUCAACUCCCUGGUGGACAGUCUGGAUGAGGCUCUGAAAGCACUGGGCCACCCGGCCAUGCUUAGCAAGGUCCUUGGGGGGUCCUUCGCUGACCAGAAGAUCUGUCAGGGUUGUCCUCACAGGUAUGAAUGUGAGGAAUCCUUCACAACGCUGAACGUAGAUAUUAGAAACCACCAGAACCUCCUGGAUUCAAUGGAGCAAUAUGUCAAGGGAGACCUGCUGGAGGGUGCCAAUGCCUACCACUGUGAAAAAUGCAACAAGAAGGUGGACACGGUGAAGCGGCUUCUCAUCAAGAAGCUGCCGCCGGUGCUGGCCAUCCAGCUGAAGCGCUUCGACUACGACUGGGAGCGGGAGUGCGCCAUCAAGUUCAACGACUACUUCGAGUUCCCGCGUGAGCUGGACAUGGAGCCCUACACGGUGGCGGGCGUGGCCAAGCUGGAGGGCGACGACGUCAGCCCCGAGAGCCAGGUGAUCCAGAACGAGCAGGUGGAGAGCGCAGGCGACGCCCCCGAGAGCUCGCGCUACCGGCUGGCGGGCGUGCUGGUGCACAGCGGCCAGGCCAGCGGCGGCCACUACUACUCCUACAUCGUCCAGAGGAACAGCGGCGACGGCGAGCGCAACCGCUGGUACAAGUUCGACGACGGCGACGUCACCGAGUGCAAGAUGGACGACGACGAGGAGAUGAAGAACCAGUGCUUCGGCGGCGAGUACAUGGGCGAGGUCUUCGACCACAUGAUGAAGCGCAUGUCCUACCGGCGGCAGAAGCGCUGGUGGAACGCCUACAUCCUCUUCUACGAGCGCAUGGACUCCACCGACAAGGACAGCGAGCUGGUCAAGUACAUCUCAGAGCUGGCGCUCACCAGCAAGCCGCACCAGGUCAAGAUGCCGGCGGCCAUCGAGUGCAGCGUGCGCAAGCAGAACGUCCAGUUCAUGCACAACCGCAUGCAGUACAGCCUGGAAUAUUUCCAGUUUGUAAAGAAACUUCUGACCUGUAACAGUGUCUAUUUAAACCCCCCUCCUGGACAAGAUCAUCUUUUGCCCGAAGCAGAAGAAAUAGCUAUGAUAAGUAUUCAGCUUGCUGCUAGAUUCCUGUUUAGCACAGGAUUCCACACAAAGAAAAUAGUCCGUGGCCCAGCCAGUGACUGGUAUGAUGCUCUCUGCAUCCUCCUUCGCCACAGUAAGAAUGUACGCUACUGGUUUGCACACAACGUCCUCUUCGCCUACACCAACCGCUUCUCCGAGUACCUGCUGGAGUGCCCCAGCGCGGAGGUGAGGGGUGCCUUCGCCAAGCUCAUCGUCUUCAUCGCACACUUCUCCCUGCAAGAUGGACCCUGCCCUUCACCGGUUGCCUCUCCAGGACCUUCCAGUCAGGCCUGUGACAAUUUGAGCCUAAGUGACCACCUGCUGAGAGCGGUGCUGAACCUGCUCCGGAGGGAGGUGUCUGAGCACGGGCGUCACCUCCAGCAGUACUUCAACCUGUUCGUCAUGUACGCCAACCUGGGCGUGGCGGAGAAGACGCAGCUGCUGAAGCUGAGUGUGCCUGCCACCUUCAUGCUGGUGGCCCUGGACGAGGGCCCCGGACCCCCCAUCAAGUACCAGUACGCUGAGCUGGGCAAGCUGUACGCUGUGGUGUCUCAGCUGGUGCGCUGUUGCGAUGUAUCAUCGCGCAUGCAGUCUUCGAUUAACGGUAAUCCGCCUCUUCCAAACCCGUACGGCGACCCCAACCUGUCGCAGCCCAUCAUGCCCCUGCAGCAGCUGGUGGCGGAGAUCCUGUUCGUGCGCACCAGCUACGUGAAGAAGAUCAUCGAGGACUGCAGCAACUCGGAGGAGACCAUCAAGCUGCUGCGCUUCAGCUGCUGGGAGAACCCGCAGUUCUCCUCCACCGUGCUGAGCGAGCUGCUGUGGCAGGUGGCAUACUCCUACACGUAUGAGCUCAGGCCUUACCUGGAUUUGCUGCUGCAGAUCUUGCUUAUCGAGGACUCCUGGCAGACUCACAGGAUCCACAACGUGUUGAAGGGCAUCCCUGAUGACAGAGACGGCUUGUUUGAUACCAUCCAGCGCUCCAAAAACCACUAUCAGAAGAGAGCAUACCAGUGUAUUAAGUGCAUGGUGGCACUUUUCAGCAACUGCUCAGUGGCCUACCAGAUCCUUCAGAGCAACGGGGACCUGAAGAGGAAGUGGACGUGGGCGGUGGAGUGGCUGGGGGACGAGCUGGAGCGCAGGCCCUACACAGGGAACCCCCAGUACACCUACAACAACUGGUCCCCGCCGGUGCAGAGCAACGAGACGUCCAACGGCUACUUCCUGGAGCGCUCCCACAGCGCCAGGAUGACCCUGGCCAAGGCCUGCGAGCUGUGUCCCGAGGAGUGUCACUUAACGAAGCACGAGGUGGUGUCUGAAGAAGACGCUGCGCGGAAAUCGUCCUCGCCGCAGCGGCUUUUGCCAGGGGAGGUGACAGGACAGCAGCAGCACACUGAGCCUGAUGACCAGGAAGCUCCUGAUGACCAUGACUCCUCUCCCCCAGAAGACACCACCCUAUACCCCCACCCCCCAGGGACACAGUUUCCGCAGCAGAAUAAUCACCCACACGGCCAGCCAUACACAGGUCCAGCAGCACAGCAUAUGAACAAUCCCCAGCGCCCGGGCCCGCGAGCACAAGAGAACUGGGAGGGCACUGAGGAGGUCGCCCCGGCACAGACCAAGGAGUAACGCAGGGCCCCCUGCACCCCCGCCCUGUCCUCAUCCGAUCUCCCCCCAUCGAGACACUUGAUCCAAGUGCAAGACCAGGCCUUACAGCUCCUCGCAUCUCUGGGUCCUUCCUGUCCACAGCUCAACUCUUUGUAUUUAACCUGGAGUGGAGAGUCUAUUCACUGUCUGCCCUGCAGAAUAUUGCUGUCAGAGAUAUAACCUGCCUGCAGUGGAAAGCGUAUAAUGUUGUAAUGAACCAGGCCUGAUGCUCAAGUGUAAAUGACAAAGGUGUACAUAGUAUGUUGCUGUCUGACUGUUUGGUUGCUUCAGCAAGACUAUCUGUCUGCUGUCAGGAGACUUGGUGAUUUCUGAAAACAAAAUGGAUGAAAAAAUAAUAUAUAUUUAAGAAAAGACAAAAAAAUACAUUUUGCUUUAUGGCCUGUGCUCAGCCGUGAGGUUUGGUCUGCCCUUGGGCAGCUUUGGUUUGUUCUUUCAAGAAGGACAAGCAUUAUCCAUGUCAACCACUUGAACCGUGCCAAAUCAACUCUCCGAUCUGAGUUGGUUUUUGCAUGGGAUAUUGGAAAUAGCUGGGUUAACUUAAUGACAAUUUGUUGAUGUGGAAAGUGAUGGUGUUACAUUGUUUUUGACCUCUCUUUGCCUUUCUCAUUCUGGUAUUAAUGCAGUCCUUUUAAAGCUCUAGUUCAUACAUACGCUGUAACAUUUAGCAUGGCUUCACACCAGACUAGUGUUGUAGCCAAGAUAUAUGACCAUAACAGCAGCAGCUGAGGUCCCCAGUUGGUGGGGAGGGUAUUUGAUUUUUGCUCACACCUCAGUGACGACAGUAGGAUCCAACAUUGUACACAUAUUCCUUGGAUUUAACAUUUUGGCCGUCAGUUUUGGUGGAACAAUCAGUGCAUAGCUUAAGAAACAAGACUUUUAGAAAGAGAGAGGAAAGUAUAUAUGCAAUGAAUUGCUAUGCCAGGAUGCCUGGAGCAUAAAUAGACUGUACUUGGUGUGCUUGUUUUUUGUUUAGAUUAAUUCCUAAUAUCUCUCCAGUCAUUGCAGCCCAGAGGAGGGGGAGGUCAGACGAUUCACGGUCCUACUUGAAGGCGGGCAGGCAUGGUCUUAGAACUCUUCAUUCUUGGGGAUUAGAGAAACCAUAAAGCAGGGUUGUAUUAUAAAUAACUGCUGGUUAGUCAUGUUGCAACUGUUAAAGGUCUUGCUAAGUACAGCAUCAUUCUUUAGGAUUAAAGGAAAAUGAUUAAAUACUGUAUUUAGUUGGUAACUUGAAUGUGUUUUUUUGUCAAAAAUACCAAAUACUCCCUGCAAAAGUCGAGAAUCAGCCCGCCCUAUUAUAUUUAAAUAUUUUGCUGUUUUAUUUUAUAGAAAUUAUUUUGCUGAUUUUCUCACAAAAGGUAGAAUCUGAUUUAAGAGGAACAUUUUUGUCCUUGUGUUAUUUUUAAAGAGGAUAUUGACUGUACAGAGUUCUGCGCCCUGUUUUUUGCCGACUUUUGUUUUGGCCAUGGUGUGACGUUGAAUUCUGAAGCUACCGUCGCAAUGUGAACUUUCACUUUGUGAGGUUAUUUUGUGCACAGAAAUAUUACAAAAGAGCAUUGCGCCCCUUAGCAAGAAUAAAGAAAAUGGAAUCUUCACACUGUAACUGUCUCAUAUUUUAUUUAUGGUACAUUGUAAAUACCUUGUGCACGUAAAAAAAAAGACAAAAUAAGAAAUGUAAAGGAUUAUCAAAGGCAAGGAGCAGCAAAUCCAUGGAGAGAGAAGACUUGACUGCUGUGCUGAAGACAUUGUGUGGGGAGGAAAAAAGCAUGGAUUUGUCGAGGGUUAGCCGGAAAAGUAUGCCAAACGAAACCAGUGGCCUAUAUAGAUGUCGUUUUCACCGCGCUGUGGAAGCCUGAGGAGCCUGCCACCCAUUGCAAAGCAUCGUGGGAGAAGCAGAGGGUGAGCGGGAGCCACAGGAGGAGAGGCGAGCUGCAGCGGCAGUGGAAACCCGAGGGGUGUGCCGCUGCAGACCUCCACGGCUUUGUACAGAGACUGGUCCAACCUUCCCCUGUCCAUAAUGCACUACAGCCCAUUUUCCUCACAUUCUUCCUUCAGGGGACAAAAAUGCUUCAUUGUUUUAGCCUGUAAGGUCUUACCAUUUUUCCUUUCAUUUUUACUUUUUUCUUUUGGUUGUCUUUUUGUAAGUGUUAAUUGGAUCAGAUGAUUGCCUUCUGACUUUGUUUUAAAUAUUAUACAGCUUUUUUUGUGAAAAAUGCAUGGAUGAUAAAAAUCCCUUGAUCUGCCUUAGAGCACUGUACAAACCCAGC